GGCAACUUUGAAGAGACAGAUAGAGUCGGUCUGAGCUGCAAACCGAGUCCAGAGGGAAGGACUGCGCUCUUCGCUCCCACCAUGUUAUUCCCUGGACUCGCAUUCUGUAUCUGGAUAUCGUCUGGCGAAGCGUAGCCACGGACCGUGGACAUAAAUUCCUCCGGGGAAACUUUGGCGGCUGUGUAGCUCCUAAGAACGAACCGUGGCGAAGAUUAGCCAACUAAGCUAACAUCCAUAUUCUCUGAGGACAGGAGCGUGUUGUUGUUCUGCAGGUUUAUUAGAACCCAGGACAUUUACAGCUAUUUGACAAUGGUUUAGUUCUCGAUAACCAGCUUGUCUACGUUUGGACUUCUAUUUGGUUUUUAAACGCCGCCGUGCGCUGCACCAUGGAUAACAAUAAGCAGAAUUUACAUUGGGUGUUUGAUAUCGGUGAUGUCAGCUGUUGAAGGGAAUCACCUCCACUGAUUACGCCGCCCUUUAAGUAAAAAGAUACUAUGAAGUUGGCAGAAAACUUAUCAGAGGAGGUGUGUUAAGCUGUGAUCGUCGUUUCCAUUCGCAAAGGAUGUCCGACUUGGAAAGUUCGAGUUCAUAUUUCGGUUUCGAGGAUCCGCAGUGGCUAUGCAUGGUCACACUGUUUGUCGCAUCCCUGAUCACCCUGGUACUGUAUUUCGUACAGUAUUACCAACAUAGGGUUGUUGGAAGCAGGCAGAGACCAGGAGAAGACAAUGCGGCGAAGGAGGAAGCCGCCGCUCUGCUGGGAUGGGCGCUGUCACUGAAAAGCUGGACGAGUCAGUGGAGAGGAGCCUGGUGCAGGGCUUUGAAUGACGAGUCAAGGAAACGAGGGGGUGCUGUUCUGUUGACAUUUGAAGAGGAUGGUCUUGAGGCAUCAGAACUCCGGGUCAGCCAAGUGUCCAGCUUUCAGAAGUCGGCCAGGAGCAAGACUGCUCGCUGCAGCGUGGUUUGGGAGAAGCUCGAGUUCUCUCUCGGCGCAGCGUCGAGAGCCAUGGCUACAGCGGAUCCUUGUAAAUACACAGUCUGUAUAGCUCCUCUUGAGCUCCAGAUUCAUCUACACAUGCAGGAGGCUGAGGACCAGGUCAAGGUGAGCUGGGGAGUGUCUCACCUGGAGACGGGGAAGCUGCGAGUGAUCCCUGCUGUACAGAACAAUGCCCACGCUUUCACCGUAGCAGCCGUAAAGGAGCAGUUGACACAGCUGUUGUGUGCGACGCGUCCCUCUGUGCUGCUGAGCUGCAGGCCUGCUCAGGCCUCCGAGGUCCAGGAAGCGCACAACAAAGUGGCAUCACCCCCAAAACCCCCCCGAGCCCAUGACUGGAAGCUGCUAGUGAAAAACAUCCGGGUCACACUCAAUCAGGAGGAAGAAGCUGCAGGCAGCGUGAAUCCUCUGUGUGUGCUGCAGUUGGAUGAUCCUCCACAGAGGUUUAACACCUCCGUCAUGAAGAACACACCCAGUCCUGCCUGGGACCAGCCAUUUAUCUUUGAAUUGAACGGCCGAUCAAAAGAGCUCAAUAUUCAGCUGAUGAAUGAUGGACAGCCUCAAGAGAAUUCCUUACUAGGCCAGGUGUCAGUGCCUUUUGAUCUUGUAAAGAAGCAGCCCAAGGGACAGCAGACAUUUGCACUCAUUACCAAAGACACAGCGAUUGGAUCACUUACUACUGACUUUACCUACCUGGACCCCAGUGAGGUGAGGUCCUGGCACCCUCCGACGCCUGCCUCCAAUAAGAGGGUGGAGAUGGAUCGUACAGUUAUGCCCUGUGGCACCGUGGUCACGACCAUCACUGCAGUGAAGAGCAAACCCGGUAGACCACUCCCAAUCAACAUAGAUCCCGCCCAGAAGGUGGUGGUCAGCAAGCCGAAGCUCGGGGAGCGGCGCGUUUCAGAGCAGGUGUCCAUGCUGGGGGGCGCUGUCAGUAAGGCCUUGUCCUCCUCGGACACCGAGCUGCUGAUGCUCAACGGAACGGACCCGGUGGCCGAGGCAGCCAUCAGGCAACUGCACCAGUCCGCCAAGCAGAAGCUGAAGUCCCCGGUGAAGAAGAGCACCAUCAUCAUCUCAGGCAUUGCUAAAACGCCGUUGUCUCAGGACGAUGAGCUGGCUCUGAUGGCGGGCUACGCGGCGGCGAUGGAUGCCUCCAUGUCAGAGAGCAGCUCCACUCAGGAUGUGACCGCAGCCAUCGCGUCAGGCACCAACAGCCCUCCGGAGGCGUCUGAGCCCCAGGAAGGACCCAGCGGAGUGGGCCGCCCCCCGGAGGACUGGGAGAGCCAGACCGGCGAGGAGCUAGACCAUAGCUCGCUCUCCAUGUGUGUGUCCGAGGCAAACUGCAAGAAGACGAGAGGCAGUUUCCUUCGGAAGAGCGCCAAGCUCUUCUUCCGGCGGCGCCACCAGCGCAAGGACCCGGGGAUGAGCCAGUCACACAAUGACCUGGUGUACCUGGAGUCCCCGGCCGCGGUGGAGCGGGCCAGCCGGACGGCCACGCUCAGCCGCAUGCUCAACCGCAAGAGCAAGAGUAAGAGCAAGGCCAACGGCUCUACCUCCAUGGGGGAGCCACACGUGUGACCCCCUUCCACCGACCGACUUUACCCCCUAACCCCUCCCACCACCAACUACCAUAAUCACCUCCACUUCAAGUUGCACUGGCAAACAUCCUGCAUACUGGGGCUCCUGCGUUGUGAAUGGGAAGUUGUUGCAGAUGGACGAAUAUCUUCUUGUUUGGCCGUGUCCCUGUGUCUUCAUAUGAGAAGUAGACUUUUCCGACAAGCGUGUGCAUAAAGGUAUCCUGUCCUGGGUUGACGGCGUUUUAUUUUGCAUGUUUCUUUUAUUUGAUUUUACGCGGCAUUAUGAAAUCUUAAAGUGCUUUUACGGCCACGCUACGGACAAAAGGGACUGCCGACGUGGCCCGGCUCUCUUUACUCUGCUGUGGGCGAAGAGAAAACUCUCCCUGCUGCAAACCGUACGUUUUGCUACGGCGGACCAACAGGACCAAAGAUGAAGAGCGGAGUGGUGUUUGUAUGAUUUGCACAGUUUUAGUAUCUUUUAUUUAAAGUGCAAUGACAGGAGCUGCUCUCGUGACAGAAACUCUUCUGUAGUUCUUCGCGUCGAAAAGCCUUCGCAAAGGGAGAUGAUCUCGUCGCGGCACGACUGGUGCAGGCGGGAGAAUGAUACGACUACUUUUUGACACUAAAGUUGUGAAUUUAUCUGUUCGUCCUAAAUUUAUCCCCAAACGAAACUAUGUCAGUAAGUAUGUGCGGUGCGUAGAAAAGCUGUAACGUUUAACUCCGCCAGCCUCUUGUCUAACAUUACCUUGCGAGACGUGGGCAUGUUCGGAAUUCGCGUUAUCGUGCGCCACCGGCUAUUAAAACAAGUGAACCUCCUAAACAAGAAGCAGGGCAGGUUGUGCUUUUUGCUGUGUUUUCAAAUGAUAUGCAACUUUUUCCUUGGUCUUCCUAAAAGAUUCCUCCUGCACACUACUGUUAUCAGCAGGGUUGUUAAUGUGUCAAAAGGGAACUGAGCAUAUCUUGAUCCAGGGACUGUGAUGUUACACUCAGCCAUACUUUAAUGAACCCGGUUCUCUCAUUUCAAUCUUGCAUCACAUCGAAAUGGAAUCGACUCUGUCUUUUAAUGUUUUGUCCUUUUUAAACAUGUAGCUUUGAACAAAAGAACGUGUGAAUACCUUUGGGAGCAACCAGUUUGUGUGGCCGCUUUUUUUUUUUUUUUUUUUUUUGUUAUCCAGCUAAUGAUUGUAUAUUUCUUUGGUGAGCAGCUUGUUUCUGUGCAUCAUGUUAACUACUGUUUGUCGAUAAGUUAUUCUGCUCGGAGGAGCGCUGCAGAGCUAGCUGACUGCCUUCCAGUUAUCCCGAGGAUGAUGUCGCGGCUGCUCCAGACUUGGUGCGACUCUUGGGCUGCGUCGGACCCGGGGACUGUAGCGAACGGCUCGGAGAGACCCACUGUGUUCCCGCGCCAUCGGCAAUGUCUAUAAUCAAGCCUAUGCACAUAUCUGUUAACAGAGUGUUUACAUUGUUAGCUACCUGAGAAUUAAAAACACUCGCUGUUGAUGACGAUGCUCCUCUGCAGAUGCAGCCUGGGUGUGUUUGUGUCUUUUUACGUAGCAGGGCUGUGAUCUUCUCUUUAAUCCUCCAUCGCCGGCUGCAGAUUCAGGCCGCACUCGUUCAGACAGGAAUACUUGCAAACUUUGAGGAGUGGAGGGGGGAAAAGGGGUCGUCUCAGUUAUGCUUCACGUGGGACAACCUGCAAGCGUCAGCUGUGAAUUGAGUAGGGCUGUGUGUUUAAUAAACUGCUUCCUGGUGCUUUUUUAAAGGCUCUGUGCACAGAAACUAGCUGACUUAACUGUUGUCGCAGAAUGUCAGUCACCUCCCUGCAGGGAUUGUAACUAUUAUAUGAAUUGAGUUAUUUCAUUUCAGCAAUAAAUAUUGAUUGAAUAACUGA